GAGUCUUUAAUGAACUCAGAGCGAGAGAGACACUCCUCCUGGAUCCGCGGGAGGGAGGAAACUCACUCAUCUCUAUCAGUAUCAGCAUCGCCUUUGAGACAAAGAGAGCCGUGCCAAUGAAGAUCCGAUAGCACGAUAAGCCAGUGAUAAAAGUCCCGGCGUUGUGCAGCCUGGAGGCAGACUCUCCGGUCCUGGGAGACUCUUUCGGGGGAUGCGCAAAGAUGUGAGGAGUACCGAACGACAGGCAUUGUGAUCGGGCUUUCUUAAAGCAUCAGGCGAGGCAUGUUUUCUGCAGCCAGAGAUUCUACCGGGUGGCAUCAAACUUGAUUAUUUUUGUAUCUCGGUUUGCACGGCGAUAAACCCUCUUCAUCGUUUCCGUACAACAAGGGGAAGAGGAGCACGCGCUGCCCGUGGUGCUGAAACACGCAGCGAGACUUAGCAGAUCAACUAGUGAAGAGGAGCUCUCACUGCGCUCACCUGCUUCGUGGUUCAUUUGGCUGGAAGAACUUAUUGCAUUGGUGUCUGACUGUGGCGCGUCAUGCUGUGGAUGAAGUGGAAGAUGGGGGUGGACUCCCUCCGUGGACGGAGAAGGAGGCUGCCAUGCUCCCUCUGGUUCCUCCUGCUGUUCGCUGCUGGAGGUCUGUUGCUCUUCAUCCACCAGCGGGAUCUGUCAGAGAUGGUGCAGCAGCAAUACCCAGGCGUGAAGCUUGGAAACACUCCCCGGCAGUCCAGAGAGACUCUUUCAACGCAAGAGAGAGAAAGAGGCAAAUCGGACAAUUACCAGGACCACCAAGCGACAGAGGCUAUCAUAUCCAGCCCGAUCCCUCCGAUGCAGUUCCCGCACUUUGAGAAGAGUAAACAGACGGCUACUCCUGGGUCUAGAGAGCAGAGCAGACAGACGCCCACCCCUGUGUCUCGGGAGCAGGACAUCACCUCCCUUCAUGUCUCCAAAAGACACCGCAAACUCCUGAAAACAAGUCCCCCAGUCCAUCACAACAGUAAAAGUGAUUCCUUGCCCUCUUCCUCUUCUUCUUCCUCAUCAUCCUCCUUGUCUGCUUCCUUGUCCUCAUCCUCAGUCGUCCCCCCUUCGGCUUCUGGCUCUUUCACCCCUGAUAAGUGGAAAAAGCUUGUCUCUAUUCAGGAAGCGCGCCGGCAACUGAUGAAGGAGAUGUGCGCCAAGUACAAAAGCAGCAUCUCCAAGACCAUUACGGGCCAUCAUGUGAGGAACCUCUUUGUGGAGGACAAGUACAAGUUACUGUACUGCCAGGUGCCCAAGGCCGGCUGCUCCAACUGGAAGAGGACCCUGAUGGUGCUGGCAGGAAAGGCUCCCAAUGCUCAGAGCAUCAAACACGACACAGUCCACGACGGCCACCACCUCAGGGAGCUCAACUCCUUCGACCGAAAGGGAAUCAUGCACCGUCUGGAGUCUUACACCAAGGUCAUUUUUGUCCGAGAACCCUUGGAGAGGAUGGUGUCGGCGUACCGGGACAAGUUUGAGAAUCCUAACAACUACUACCACUCCAUGUUUGGGAAACCCAUCAUCUCCAAGUACAGGGUGAACCCGUCCUUAGAAGCUCUGAAGACGGGCAAUGGGGUGACGUUCAAGGAGUUCGUCCAGUACUUGCUGGAUGUCCAUCGGCCCGUGGGAAUGGACAUCCACUGGGAUCAGGCCAACCAGCUGUGCAACCCGUGUCUCAUAGACUACGACUUCAUCGGCAAGUUCGAGAACAUGGACGAAGAGUCCAACUUUCUCCUGCGAUUGAUCGGGGCGCCGCCCAACGUUAAGCUGCCGAAUUUUAAAGAUAGGAACCCGGCCGAUAAGAGGACCUCUACGCAGAUCACAGAAAAAUACUUUUCACAGGUCAGCACGCUGGAGAGGCAGCGGAUCUAUGACUUCUACUACACAGACUAUUUGAUGUUUAACUACACUAAACCUUUUAAAGAUUUAUAUUAACUGACUCCUAUCAACUCUUGAAUCACAGUUACAUUCCACGUUACCAUGAUUGAAAUCAUAGCUCACGCGCUCACAUGGAUCCAAGCGGAGGCAUCAGAGAGACUGAACUUCCUCCGGAUUUUUCAAGACAUUGCUUUUUAUGUAAACAUUUGUACAAGAUUCCUCGUUUUCAGGCGACUAUGAGAUGAAAGGUUCUUGUACUAUCAAAUGCUCUAAAUUGCCCUUAUAGGAAGUUGUUUAUUAUUCCCUACUAGCACAUGGUGAGGUAGAAUAUUCAAUUCAUAAAUGUUAUGCUUGUGAAAAGCUUUAAAAUGAUGCCUAAUAUCCUGUAAGUCAAAUAGGAUUUAAAAUGCCUUUUUAUAUUUGAGGCGCCACAAAUUCCAUUCGGGUUUUCAUUACAUUACUGAAAUAGGAAGUGAUUUCAGAAUACAAAACUGUAUGUUAUAUCAGCCCCUAUAGUCUACCUUCAGGAUAACAACACUUUACAUGAUGACUUAUGAACAGUUUUUCAUAAAAUGUUAGCUUUUCUGUACAAAUGUUGAUAUGCAGGUGUAAUUGGCAUCUAUUCAUUUUCAAAUAAACCUUUUUAACACUCUUUAUUUGCUUUAGGCAACAAAGCAACUUGGUUAAGGGUACACAAAUAUUAUUUUGGGGGUUGUAAAAACUACAGAAGAGCCGAAACUAUGAAUCAAGUCAACAUUUAAUUUGGGAAACUCUAUUGGUGUACAGAAAAGUACAGAAAACACUUUUACAUUUUAUUUCCACAUGAAAAACUGUCUCAAUCGUGAAAUCACAGUAACUUUCGACCCCCAUAUUUGGCCUUUUAUUUUUCCUUGUUCCUAAUUAGGUAGAUUAAAUACGUAUUCAUUCCGUAAGACAUGCACAAAAACAGUGCAUUACUUUUUGUAAGUGUAAAUACAAACAAUGAAUCAGAACACCCUUUAAAUAAUGGUCCUACAACAUCUACAACAAUAGUGGGUAUGGUAUUUGAGCUUGGAUAAACAUCAACUUAUUUGGACUUUUUUCGCAUUCAAACAUUCAAUUUCGGAUGUUCUAAUUUACUGUUUGACUUACAGUAUGUCGGCCAUAACUGUACCUCUAUGUAUCAAUGCAUACUAAUGCAGGUAUGUCAUGUGAAGCUAAAUUGUAAGAAAAUGAACCACUAUAAAUAGUAUACAUAUUCAAAAGUCUAAAAGUGUGGCCCACUGUGUGCACUUACUGUAGCAUUUUUGUACUUCUAACGGUGUGCUUUAGUCUAACACAUACAUGUGCUGUAGGUCACUAUAAGGUAUUUACUUGGGUGGCUGUAGUUUAAUGCAGGACAUCCAGGUAUUUACAGGGUAUUGUGUGUUGCUGCCAAUAUUUACUAAUGCCUGUCAGUGUUACAGACUUGCUAAUCAAUCAGUUUCUAAGAUUUGUUGAUGGCGUUGGCAGGCAAAUGGGUAAAAGUCAACAUAAAAACAGACCUUCUGACAGUCUAGAAAUUGUACGAUUUGGACCUUUUAAGAGUGCAAACUUCUCCACGGAUCCCUCUAAACAUGCCCUGAACACCUGUCACUUCACACACCUCCAGCCUCUCGACACCAUCUGUAUGUAACACAUCCACACCCCCAUAUAGGCUUUUUUCUGACACUACUGUGUACAAUUGUAUAAUGGGCAUUCAGAUGACUCUAUAUUUUUCUAUGUAUUUCUAAAAUAUACAGUAUAUAUUCCGUGGUGAUGGUGACGGUAGUGCUUUUAUUUCCUUUUUUUGAUGUCAUUUGUUGUUCUUUCAGUGAAUCCAGUGUAGAGUUGUUGUGUGCCAGAGGAGUUUCUUUCCAAAACGAAAUAUCCACCAGCUAACAAAACCACAUGCUAACUCUGAAGAAACCUAACGACUGCAUUGAUGAAUUGACCCCCACCCCCCCCUCGGUGCUCUGGUGGUAACGAAAUAAUACGUUUGUUUUUUAAAAAUGAUAGUGGAUAUAUGCAUUUUUGGAAAUGAGCUCUGUAAUUAUUAUCCCUGAUCUGUCUGUGUGUCUCAAUAUGAAAAUAGACCCUGUACGGAUGAGCUGCA